ACCGUCGAGUGGUCGUACUCGUGGACAACGGGUCAUCACACAACUUCAUCAUUGCCGACUUGUCUCAGAAGCUGAAGUUGUCGACCACGAAGAUUGAGCUCUUUGAAGUUCGAGUAGCCAAUGGUGAGAGGCUACGAUGCAUCGAGUCAUUUCGUAGGGUACCGAUCAAGUUCCAAGAGGUCACUGUAAAGGACGACCUCUAUGCCUUGCCCCUAGUCGGACCCGACGUCGUUUUAGGAGUGCAAUGGCUCGAAGGAUUAGGAAAGGUGACCACCGACUACCGAACCGGGAUUAUGGAGUUCAGAUCUGGAGGACAACGA